CGGUCUGAAUAGCUACACUGCCGUCUUUAUUCCAGUAAAUAUAGUGCCAUGCUUGGACGCAUCCAAUAUGACUGACUAGCUAGGGGAACAACUAAGCGACAUAGGUAAAAUGUUGUAUGCAAAGUUAUUGAUUUAAUAGUGAAGAUUUAGGUUAAUAUCGGAACGUUUUAGGAUAUAGUUCUGCUUGUCGCAUUUUCGUUUGUGCUCUUGCCUAAUUGGGUAUCCAAUGCUAUUUAGCGCGUGAUGUGUAGGCUAUUCUUUCAGAACAAGGGCAUGACACAUUUUAUUUCAGGUCCGAUGUUGAAUGCCCGCAUAUUUGAUGCCUGCAUCAACUUUUCAACUAUGUCAACCUGUUCUUUGGAGACGAGAGACUGGACGUGCAAUAGGUUAUCUUACAAACCCUGUCGUUAUUUUUGACAGAGAAAAGAGAAACUGUGCUGCGACUUGACAAAUGCCUAUUUUACAGGAGAAGAAGAAUGCUGAAAAUCAGUAUGUGCCUGAGAACAUUUGGGUUAUUUCUGGUCUUGAGUGUUGCCAUCACUAAAGGUAAUUUUACCACAUCAUCCAUUACAGUCUAACAGGUGUAACAAUAGUACCUAAUUACAUAGAGGCUGUCAUUGAGAUUUAAUAACUUAAUAAUAAACCACUUACUAGCUGCGAGUAUUUUCCUUUUAAUUGAUUGUUCUGUUUUAUCUUUGAGGUCUUUGAAAAAAGCAAUUCAUAGCUAAUCUCGUGUUUUCUCUUUCACAUAUCCAAGCUUUUGAAUGCAGCGCAGGGUGCAAUCCUGAAAACGGCUACUGUGAAAAGCCUGGGGAAUGCAGGUAAUUAAAUCCUACACAAAUUAUGUAAUAGAUAUCAUCGGAUUAUGUAACAUUUUUGUAGCAACCAUGUUUCAUUAACAUAAGCAGCCCAUUUUCAUCCUAUUUCACUCCAUUUCCACAAAGUCAAGUCGGCACAGACCAAACAAAAAUAAUGUUUUUCAUCCUGCUAAUUCCAAGUCAGAUGUAUUGUUUACAAAUAUAUCAAAAUCCACAUUUUCCUAAUCAAUUAUACAGUUAUACACCCUGUGGAAACAUCCAAUAAUAGUCCAGCUGUGUGAGAAAAAACAUGUGUGAAUAACAAUGGUCCCAUCAUCUGAAUCAUGUUUUCAGAUGCAAACCAGGCUGGCAGGGGGUAACAUGCAAACAGUGCAUGCCCUUCCCUGGCUGUCUUCAUGGCACUUGUGAGAAAGCAUGGCAGUGCAUCUGUGAAGAGGGCUGGAUGGGGAGCCAGUGUGACCAAGGUGGGUAUCUGUGAAGGUGGGUAUCGUAUAUGUGAAGAGGGCUGGAUGGGGAGCCAGUGUGACCAAGGUGGGUAUCUGUGAAGGUGGGUAUCGUAUAUGUGAAGAGGGCUGGAUGGGGAGCCAGUGUGACCAAGGUGGGUAUCUGUCCAAUCCACUUUUCUCUCAAAUGUCAGUCCUGACCAUGAGAAUAAGGUAUGAUCCCAUAAGACACAGCUGAAUGAUCCACUGAUAGCACAGACUAAAUUUAAUCUUUAAUAUACUGUAUAUUUAUAUACAUUGACAUGACUUCCUUUACCUCGAGCUGAAAGAGAAAGCAUCUGUUUGAGGGUGGAAAGAUAAAGAAAAUAGUAUUUCCUGUCUCUGAUGGCUCUAUGUGAUCCACUUACUUAAAGACACCAUGGUGGGGAGGUGUCAAAUGUAGUCUACUUGUCACUGGUUCGUUUGUUUUCAAUUUACCUUGUGACGAUAACAUUAUAACAGGUGUGUGUGUGUGUGUGUGUGUGUGUGUGGUGUGUGUGUGUGUGUGUGUGUGCGGAUGUGUGUGAUGACCUCUCCCAACAACAUACUAUCGACUUUUUCCAGACACCAACCAGUGCUCAUCUAAACCAUGCACUGAUAACUCCACAUGCAUUCAAACUGGCCAGGGAGGAUACCUCUGCAUUUGUCUGCCUGGUUACACAGGAGAGAGCUGCCACCUGAAAAAGGGACCAUGUCUAACAAACGGGUAUGAAAAUCUGAUAUGGUUUGCAUUAUCUUCAUUAAAACCUUCAAUUAAACUCUGGGAAACCGCUUAAUCUCUAAAGCUUUUUCAAUAGAUUAGGUGCUAUUGAAUCCAUUGGAGGAUCAACCCUUCCGCCUUUCAAAUGGACACAGGCUUGUCUCUGGAGACUGAUAGAUAUACAGCCUGUCUAACGGCCACAGUCUCACUGAAUCCCACUAUGGUUGCUCUUUGUAACACUGACCUGUUAUUGACUUUGAGAGGACCCCUACCCGAAAUUCAAUACAGCUCUGUCUGUGGGUCCUUUCUCUUCAGAUGAAAAGCAAUAAUGUCAGUUCUAUUUAAAUCCUCUAACUGAAAGGACAUUUGCAUGGAGAUGUAUAGUACCUUUCUUUUUUGGGGACUCUGAGAAUGACUCCUAAACACUGAGCCUACAUUGGAGCUCAUGAAUCAUGGCUCUUCAUUAAGCUUUGAAAGAAGGACCAAAAACCGUCUGGUGAAUGUCUAGAGUGAAUGUCUAGAGUGAAUGUCUAGAGUGAAUGUCUAGAGUGAAUGUCUAGAGCAAGCAGCCAUUGUUAUCAUUGCCUUCUGCUAUAGCACUCACUGUGUAUAACAGCAUUAGGAUUAAACAGGCAUACUGUUUGAACGGCUGUGAGCAUGUGGCUGUGAGCACAGUACUGGCUAACAACAAAAUAUAUAAUUUGAAUGGUCUUACACAUGUAUGACCAAUACAGUGCAACACAACCUCUGAGAUGUGACCGCUAAAUUAAAGAAAAAUCUAAAAAAUCUCUUGAGCUCUUGUAUGUUGCCAUAAUCCGUGGUACAGUUUUAUACUGUGGACUUUAGAGAGAAAUCAAAGUGAACUGCUUUUCCCUUCAGCUCUCCCUGCCAAAACGGUGGCACCUGCGCCGACGCCGAUGGCUUGGCAGCCUACCCCUCCUGCUCCUGUCCCCUCGGAUUCGCUGGAGACUUCUGUGAGAUUGACACUGACAGCUGUGAUCCCAACCCCUGCCUCAACGGGGGCAACUGCACCGACUACGGCCCUGCGUUCACCUGCACCUGCCCCGCGGGCUUCGACGGCCCCACCUGCAACAACACCCAUGUGGACCCCCUCUCCCCCUGUGCUAGCACCCCCUGUGGGAACGGGGGCACCUGCGUGGUGGGGAGCCAAACGAACAGGACUGGGGCGUACCAUUGUCUGUGCCUCCCAGGGUGCACCUUUACUGAGCAUGAAUGUAUGCCUACCCAGCAGCCACACAGGCCCAAAGGCAAACUCAGGCCGGCCAAACUCUCCGGCAUGGGUCUUUCCCCACAACACUACAGCAUACCUGCCCACGCCUUCCAGAAACUACUAAGGCCCCCCGAGAGGGACCUUCUCAAGAUCCCCCUGAAGGAGACGGUUCACUCGACCUCUGCCGCCAGCCUGGUCACCCGCAGUCAGCUCAUCUGUUUCGGGAUGCUGGGCCUGCUCACCUGCCUGGUGAUCCUGGGAACCACAGGUAUUGUCUUCUUCAACCGCUGCGAGACGUGGAUGGCCAACGCCAAGUACAGCCAUCUGGUGCGCCAGCAGAGAGAACAUCUGUUGAGAGCCAAUUACGGUGAGGAUGAGGGGGGCCACUCUGUCAACAUCAUCCUCCCUGAGAAGAUCAAGCUCACCAGCUUUGGGAAACACUACACAUCUAUCUGACAUGUUGGUCUUUCGACCGACCGUCUGCAUAAGGAGUGUGUUUGAGUGUGCAAGGACACCUACAAAACCAGUGAAGGAGGUCAUGGAUUUCAAAUAGAUUUUUAAAGAGAAAACGGAGGUUCCCUCUCUGAAAAAUGCAGUUAUUCUAUUCUAAUGUGAUCCACUGUAUGUGGAACUUUCCUUAAAUAAGAGGAUUGAGGACUUAACCGUGUCCUGAUACUAAGAUGUACAGGUACUGUACCUGGAGAAGAAGGUCAAGAAUGUGUGCCUGCCGAAUUUCAGGACAUCCACAUCGUUUUUAUUUCUUUCAGAUGUUACCUUAUAACAUAGAAGGGCUUUUAAAGCAAAAUAACCAAAACAACUGAUUUAAUUAUUCAAUGUUUGAUGCUGCAAGCUUUUGAUCUGAACUAAUUGAAUGUUUUACUUUCCUCCUUUAUACUGUAGACAAUUAUGCAUCAAAUCGUGUUCAAAUUUCAGACUUUAAGUUACAAUUACAAUUGGCUAAUCCUGUUGUCGAUAUGCUGAUAUUUUGGACUAGGACCAGUCAGUGCUUUUGAGGGUUUGAUUCUAUUUAUAUUCAGAUUGCUGUACUUAUUUGUCUUCUACGUAUUGUUAUUAGUGGAGUACAUUUGCUUUUACAUUUCAAGUGAACCACAUUUUUGCAUUUAUACUGCUUUUUAGUUUUGAUUGAUUGAAUCUUAUUAUACAAAUAUUAUCCAAAAAUCAACAAGUAUUGUCAAUCUGUAAUGAACAUAAUACAAUUGUUACGUACCACCAGUAGUGAAUGCUAUAGUACUUUAGAUAUUUAUCCCAUUUUAUGUCUAAAUAAGUAUUAUUUCAAAGCACUCAACUCUAUAAUUCAGCAAGUGUAUUUACAAAUAUUAAUGUGACUGCAAACUCCUGCUUUGAACAAAUCUCCAUCCAAUUUCUGAUAUGAUUUCAUACCACAACACAAACAUCGACCCCUGCAGUAUGUUUGAGGGCAAAAUAUGAUUAACUGUGGGUGGCUUUAGUUUACUUUUCCAGGCCAAGAAAAUGUGGGUUGGAGCCAUUAAUCACUGGAAAUGUCAACAACAAAAAUAGGAUCUUGUGUUUGUGUGGUUGGGGAACCGGCAGGAAAUUGGGUACCCAAUUUUCACUCUCUAAAGUAUUCUGCCACAUGUCAUUCAUUUCAAACCAUAAACAUUGCAUAAAACACAAGUCGUACUCUUAUUGGUAACAUUUGGUUAAUUAUAACCCACCGGUCAAAGACCUGACGUCAACAUCAAAUCAACAUCCAUAUUUAGUUUUAACCAGGUUUAAUUAAAACGUGAUUUCACCUUGAAAUAAACCAAACCUUGAAAUCCUGUAAUUGAUUUGUGGUUGAAAUAUAGGUAAAAAUGUUGACAAAACAUAAAAAAAAAAAAAAAAAAGCAUUAAUAUUCAUCGUCAGGUGCGUUGAAAUAGGACUUUCACAGAACGUUAAUUCAGUGGUUUUGCCAGAUGGGAAAGGGCUUCUUAUCCAUCCUCGGUACAUGUUACAGUGCUAUGUGCUUUUACUGUGGUUUGGUAGAAUAUUGCUUAUUGUGUUUUUCUUGAGCUUUGACAAUAAAAAUAUAAACCAG